CUGUGUUUUUCUCAUCCAGUUGAAGCUGCAAUGAUCCUGACACCAAAUGCCGGCGGAGUCCGAUGGGAGGACCCAGGAUGGUGAAUCAGCAAGAUCGCGCAGACAAUGGGGCUUUUCGCGAUUCAUAAGUGCACCCCUGUCUGCCAGAGGCACUCAGAGUCGCAGGACAAACGAGUUGAUCUCCAAAGUGGGAGGGAAGAACUUGGCAGAGUCUGGCCGCCGAAAUGGCUUGUCAAGUAGGCUGCGCGACGUACAGGUCGGCCACAAGACGAAUGGUCAGCACUCUCAGGCACUUGGUAGCAAACGUGUUGAUGUUACAGACGUCGCAGAGAACUUGGGCCUGUCUGCAGAUCCUACAGUGCAAGAGAUCGGUGAUGAAAAGUUGCUCAACUUGCGGAAGUCCGGCACCUUGGAUCCCAAUGAUGAUGCAGUCAUUGCUGCAUUCAAGAAGCACAAAGCAACCAUUGGCAAAGCUUUGUUCGAAGCAGAAAAUGCAAACAACUUGGGAGUUCAAAUGUACCUUUUGGGUGACUACAGUACUGCUGGUGGAUACUUCGAACAAGCCCUUGAGUUGACAUCGGAAAAGAAGAAACCCGCAGCUGCAGAGCUUGCAGUGCUGAAGUCGUUCGUGAAUGACAAAUAUGGGGGAAACGAAGAUAUGUUGUAUACAGACUUAGUUCAAGGUGAGUGGCGUUCUGCGCUUGGUCGCCGGAAAUUUGUCGAAGCUUUGCAACAUUUGAAUUACCCUGGCGAUCCUGAUCGGGUUUUCUCCAUGCUGGAUAGUGUUUCAAACGAUGGCAAGGUAUCUUUGCCAGAGCUUACAUCAACCUUAAAAGCAAAGAGAAAUCGGCUUAACAACAUGGACCAAGAACCGGUUCAAAAAGGAGUCGUACUGUCGAAUUUAGGGUGUUGCUCCUUGCAAAGUGGGGAUGCAACGUCCUCCCUCCAGAAGUUCAGAGAAGCAGCAGGUAUUGUCAGACGGAACUUGCCUAACAGCACGACUGAGUCUGACACUUCUUUAGCUAUCACAACGAACAUAGCGGUGGCGUAUAUACAUUUGGAAGAUACAGAUUCCGCGUUGCAAUAUCUCAGUGUUGCCCUUGAAAAAAGAGAGGCGAUACAAGGUCAUUUGCACGAUGACGUCCUAAACAUAUUGCAUUUGACAGGGUAUUGCUUUCUGGUGAAGGCCAGCAUUGCCAACGAGAAUCAAAGUACGGACCACAAGAAGCAGGAUAAUCCCAUGAAGGCAAACUACAAUUUCGCGCUUUGUGCAUUCAAAGAGCGCCUGCUUCGCCAGCAAGAAAUUCUCAGUAGCAUGCCUGAACUGGACAGCUUGUUGUGCGAUGUUGGUGCCCGGAAUCAGCUGGAACUGCAUAUUGCCAGAAGUCAUGAGAUUAUUGCAGAGAUUCAUGACAAGUGUGAAGACUUGGAACGUGCGCGAGAGCAUCUCAUUGCAUCUCUACAGUACAAGAGGCGGAUCCUUGAUGCCGUUGACCCGGACCUCUUUUCAACACUGAAUGUGUAUGCCAGUGUAUGCUCCAGAUCUGGCAAGAACAAGGAGGCACUGGAGGCCAUUAAUGUUGCAAUGGCCGCAGCAGAGGAACUCUUUGGAUUCAAGUCAGCAGCGGUGGCCACCCAGCUUUUUCACACAAGUCUGAUUUAUUUGCGCACUGCACGAGAGAGCCGGGAUUCAAAAGAGCUCUUGGAUCAAGCUGCCGAACAACUGGAGCAAUGCUUGAAUAUCCGAAAAGAAAACUAUGGCCUUGAGUCUGAGGAAGUUGCUGUCACUGCUCAAUUGUUGGGUAAUGUUUGCUUCGCUUCCGGCAAGUUCAAGGUUGCUCGGAGGAACUUUGAGAAAGCUUUGCAGACACGAACGGCAUUUGGCCGUGAAAACCCAACAGUUGCAUCUUCUGCACAUGCACUUGGCUCGCUUUAUGCCCGCAUGCCGCGUCGGCAAGAAGAAGCCAUAGUUCUACUUGGGAAGGCGGCAAGCAUUCGAAAAGAACAACUUGGGGAGGACAGUGUGCAUUUAGCUGACACAUUGCAUGAGCUUGGUUCUGCAAUCAUGCGCCGAAAGACUGCCCAAAGCCUCCAGCAGGCCCUUGCCUACCUUUCUCAGGCAGCAGCCAUUCGAGCGGAGAAGCUGGGAAAACGAAACUUGGAUUAUUCCGCUUCUUUGCACCAGCUUGGCCAAGUCCAUUUGCAUCUUGGCCAGGCAUCAGAAGCAAUUCUGUAUUUACAAGCUGCAUUGAGCCUCCGUGAGCGGCUUGUUGGAAGAAACAGUGCACAAGUUGCAGCCAGCAAAGCUGCACUAGGUGUGGCUUGUGCCAACCAUAGCGAGCUAGAUAAAGCCUUCAAGCUCCUCAAGUUAGCGUACAAACAGAGGGAGAAGCUUUUUGGACAGAAUCAUGCCUUGCCUGCUGACACAUUACAACAGAUUGGCCUGGUCAUGAUCCGCCAAGGAAAGCUGGAUGCAUCCUUGGCUCCUUUGCUUCAAGCUCUCAAGGUUUUCAAACAAUUGAACUCCAAUGAUGUUGCGGAGAGGUUGGAGGAUUCUGACGAAGAUUCUGCAGCUUUGGUCCAAAAGCCCUCCGAAAGGAGCAGGCGGAUCCAGGCCAAGCGCAGCCGAAAGGGAAAGCCCAUCGAAACGUCCGAUGAGGAACCGGAAGAGAAAAGAAAAUCCAUCGGCUUCAUGGCCAAAAUCCGAUCCGUUGCGAAAAUGCCAAGCUUUGGAAAGAGACCAAAAUCCACUGAGACAGCUGAGACUGAAAAAGAGCUUCGCGAUGAUGGUGAAGAUUCUGAGGUUUGCAUUGAAGAGAUUGGUGUUGAUACAAGAGGAUGCUUUGCUGCACGCUUGGCCACAUCAAUGCAGACCUUGGCCGAUGUGUACAUGAAACUUCGGGAUCUGAAUCAAUCCAAGUUCUGGCUUGACCGUUCAGUAUGCAUCCGAGAGGAGCUCUUUGGAACUAGUAGUGCCGAGUUUGGAGAAUCGAUGCAUCGCUUUGGUCUUCUGAAGCAGCAAAGCGGCAGCACAAAAGCAUCCGCGUUGUAUUUGCGCAAGGCUCUCCGUGCUCGUGAGCGCUCAUGUGGAUAUUCUCACCCUGCGACUGCUGAGACUUGUGAGCAGCUAGCCCAAGUUUUGCAAAGCCUGGGGAAACGGGAAGAAGCUGGAAUUUUCAUGAACAAAGCCUUGGCGAUCCGUGAAAGCCUACCUUCAAUCAAUCAAUCUGAUUUGGCAGGAACCAGGGAGAAAUCGCAUCAAUUCGCAGCCAAUGCCAUGGAAUACGAUCCCGUCCAACAAGGAGAAAUCGUUCCGCACAUCUCCAAGAGAAGUGCAGAAUCUUACUUACAUGGUUGGAGGACUCGAACCACUCUUUAAGGAA